UAAUGGAAAAAACAAUUACCAUUAUAUUCUUUGCUCUUCUAGCCUUUGAGUUUUUUAAACCUCAAUAGAAGGAAGAAUAAUGGUAGGAGAGUAAAGAAUAAAUUCUAAAUUCUCAUCCAAGGAAUCAUGUUGAUAAUGGAAAAAUUGAAGUUCUCAUUUAAUAUUGCACAAGUUGAUCUUAUAAAGGAGCAUUUUAAUAAAUACAAUAGGCAAUAUUUAAUUAAUUUGAUGAGAGAGUAGAUGUAAUGGGAAUGCCAUAUCCAUUGGGAGAAGGCAAAGAGAAAUUAAUACAACUUCUAACAAUAAUCUAAUAUGGAUUUAUUGCUGGUUUGAUUUUCUUUGACAAAUAAAUUAGUGAGAUGAGUAAUUUUUGGAGAAAUAAUAUAAGUCAAAGCAAAUUAAAAUAUGGGUUUUUAGGUUAUAUUGCUUUUAAUUUUAUUAUUACUUAACUUUCAUCAUCAGGAGCAUUUGAAAUAUUUAUUAAUGAUUAAUUAAUACAUUCUAAAAUCAACAGUGGUUAGAUGCCUUCUAUGGAUAUAAUAUUCAAAAUUAUUAGAGAAAGAUUAUAAUGAA